AUGGGCUUCGCACUGGCUCCUGAUCUCGGCGGCGCCGCCCUCUCCAUCCCGGCCACGGUCAUCCUCGUACUCCUCCGCGGCUGGAUCAACCUCACGACGUUCGUGAGGACCCGUUCGACCACAACACAGAUGCCGACCAAGCACGUGUUUCUCCACAAAGCGCGCCCCCCGACCGACGCCCCUGAUACAGGACGUGACACCAAAGUCCAACAAAUUCAACAAAAAGACCUUGAGUGA